CUAUUGAUCCGGUUAGGGCCUUGAAGGUUACGAACGAGCCAUCCAUAUGGCACCAUAUCUCCGCAUUAUCAAUGUCAGUUUGAAUUCAAUCACAAACGCAGCGCCCUGUAAAACCUUGUGAAGGGGGGUAUCAUGGUCUAGGCCGUUCUCUAAACUGUGGACCUUCCGCGGACAUUCAUCCCUGGUCAACUCUCACUGAGGAAAAGUAUAAGUAGUGUAUACCGUCAUUUCUUCUCAACUCAUCCUCCGAAUCAUGUCUUUCGAUCCCGCUGACAUAUCAUACAUACAAAUAUUCCCUCCCAUAGGCAUUGCUCGCCUGGGAGACUCUGGGUUCGAUCUGAGCACCGGAAAAUUAGAUGGCGAGAUCGAGUGGUUCCUCCCAUCUGAGAUUCCUGGCGCUGAAGAUAUGCCUGCUGAUCUCAAAGGCCAGUUCAGAGAUGCAAACAAGCGCAUCAAACGUCAGGCUGUUCGAUUCCGUGUCUACGCCUAUCGCAAUGAUGGCACAAUUCUUGGAGAAAUUACAUCAGGAAACGACACAGGGUACAACAUCACCUGGAGUGUCCACGUUGCUAAUCACAAGGGUGCAUGGCACGAGUUCUCAGGCGAGUAUCAACCAAUGAAGGGCCUUAGGAAUCCUGAUGUGCAACCUUCGUUGAGCCCCGAGAAGCGGUCAGAUUUGAUUGUUGACUCACAAGUCCAAACGAUAUCGGAUCCCCUCUCGCGGGUAGAACUGAAGGGGUCUUUCCGCGGUUCUCGAUCAGAUGCAGUUGACGUUCAUUUGGGUGAAAUUCGCACAGACGAGCAAGGCCACCUUAUAUUCAUAGGCGGGGCCGGCUACUCGCGUUCCGUGGCAAAUCCUGCUAAACCGCACUUCCAACCCGACAUCGUUUCGGAAUUUGAUAGCAUCGACUGGGUCGACGACACCUGCGACGGCUGGGUUGAUGUCAAAGUUCAACAUGCGGGCUUAACCUUCACUGCCUUCCAGAAGUCGACUGUAUUGAGUGCGCCUCCGAAGUUUGCAUGGGGUAUCCAGUCGCCCACUACAAUGUACGACCUCAUCGAGAAUAUCUAUCACGAACGGAUCGGCUGGAAGGAUCACGAUGAAACACAAUUCUAUCAGGAUAUAUGGCCUGUCAUGCAUGGCGCUUAUACGCUUUCCUGGGUCAAUAAUGAUGCUUACCAUGGCCAUGGUGUUGCGGGGAAGGGAAACUUCUUGACUAUGGAAGAUAAGCUAGCGACACCAGGGGCCGCGACUGAGGAGAUUCAACUGCUCCGUGAACACAUUUUUGGUCGUCUGAGACUUCCAGACUACGAAGAUCAAGACCAAGCUUCGACCAAGUAUAUGCCUCGACUCGCGGGUAAUGAGGGCGAAGCACCUGCGCCUGGUCAGCCCCUGCUCCCAGGUGACCCCAUAAAACGGUUCGCAGCCUUGACGAGGCUACAAUACCAGCGGUUCCUCCAAUGGAAGCGCGGAAAGUUCCUCGCAAGUGAUGCGCCGUGGAGUCAAUAUACAGAGUUUGAGAAAGUUCCCCUGGCUCUGCAACCAUCAUUCUUGACGCGUGCAGCUCUCGAUCACACAAUAGGAGAACCGCUCUACCCAGGAAUCGAGGUGGACUGGGCUGCGAGGAACCCGAAGAUGUAUAUCUUCGACACCUCCCGAGAGGACAAUGAUCCUCCCUUCCGCUUCAAUCAUAAGGUAGUCCAGCCGGGCUAUAUCGGACGCGGUCUGAGUCUGCCGUGGCAGACCGACUUUGACCAGUGCAAUACCCACUGGUGGCCCUCUAUUCGUCCCGACGACGUUAUCAAUAUCCGUGACUUUGCGUCGGCGAACGUCGUACCUGUAGACAAGUUCACCGAAGAUAUUGCUCCAAAAAGAAGACAGUGGACCCGUGGCCUUCGCGAUACUCCAGAUUUUCCUGCUGAGUAUUACCCAGGAAGUACAGACAUGAUUCAUCACUGGAACAAGCUUGGAUUUGUGGCCAAAGUUCCUGGGAUAGUGGUUGGGGAAUCACCUAAACUGCCGGUCUGGUUGGAGAACGAGCGUAUGCGCAUUGACGCCAGUGACAUAGACAGAAAUAAGUUCCAGCUUACCUUCUAA